AUUAUCAUCGAUAGGUGUUGUGGAGUUUCUUCUCAAGUGAGCUAGAAAGCACAAGGAGGUAGUCUUCUUCCAUUCUAAAUCCUAGCAAGAGUGUGUGUUGAUACAUUUUCUUCCAAGCUGGAAGCAAAAAUGAGAAGGCCCACUUCAAGGAACUCAAAACCCGCGAACGAUGCUUCAACAUUGAGGGCUUCAACCUCGAGAACUCUCACAAUAGCAGAAGUCCAAAACUUUGUCCUAAAGAACAGGGUAACUGCUUUAGUAGUGGACGAUGCCUUCAUUGGUCGAGAUUAUCACAAGAGGCUUCUCACCAAUCUUGGAGUAGAAACCCGAGAAGUAAGCAAUGGCCAAGAUGCAGUGGCUCUGUGUCGCGAAGGGGAUUUUUUCCAUCUUAUCCUCAUGGAUAUGGAGAUGCCAAUAAUGAAUGGAACUCAGGCAACAAGGUUGCUGAGGGAGAUGGGUUGUGAAAGCAUGAUCGUUGGAGUCACAGCCCAUAGUAAAGAAUGGGAAGUGAGACAGUUCAUGGAUGCUGGCUUAGAUGAUUAUCUAGAGAAGCCCCUGACUUUUGAGAAUAUUUUCUCUGUCAUCCGUGACAUAGAUGACUGUCUCUCUACCAUCAACCUAGAUGAUGAUGAUCAGAACCUCUAACUCUUUUGUUUUUUAGAAACCCUUUUAGUGUAUCAUCUCAUUGUAUCUUAUAAUAUGAAGGAGUUUCAAAUAAUGCAAUAUUUUUCUAUUCUUUUUUUCUUUUUUUUCUAACGAGGAACUCCACGAAUUUACCUGAUUUACGAUUUAAGCCUACAAUUUAGUCGUGGUUAUACAUAGUCACACCUAACCAGUGUAACAAAUCAGUCGUGAGAAGACUCGAGCUAACUAGAUGAUGGCGAUAAUCAGGACCUUUUAAUUUUUUUUUUCCUGGAAAUUCUUUUUGUUGUAUCAUCUCAUUGUAUCUUGUAAUAAAGAGUUUUGAAUAAAGUAUAUUCUUAAAUAAAGCAAUGCUUUUCUAUUUAA